AUGGUUUCACCCAACAACAUGGCGGCGCAUAGUAAACUUCUGAAGUUCACACCGAGAAAUUCUGCUCUUAUUACCGCAGCCGGUAUCGCAGCAUAUUUCAUUUAUAAAAGGGCGAACAAGAAAGCAACGAAAAGGUUUGAUAAUUUUACUACAUAUCCAGUUUAAUUGGCUCAGCGUUUAGUUCAAAAUGUUGAUCAAAUUAAAUAUCACUUUACUCACGUUUUAAUUACUAAUUAUUAUUAAUAAAAAUAACAAAAGUUUUUAAACUGACUUUUAUUUGUAGCCACUCAUACUAUAAGUAUAAACAGUUGUUUAGCCUAACAAGUUUACCAAAGUUUAUUACCUAGUAUAAGGCCUAGACAAAUUUAAUACUUAGACUUAGUAGUCACUUCAGUAUUGCCCAGAAACACCAGAAAAUCGGGUAUGAUCCAGUAUCGUACUAGUAUAGUAAAUAGUAAUUUUGUUGUCAAAAUAGCGACCCACACAAUAGCGACCCACACAUUUUAAUUUAAUGAGGUUAUUGUUGUUUCACCUUUUAUAGCCAAUUUUAAGCAGAAUAAAAAAUUGGCAGUUUCUACACGUUCGGUGACCGGACAGAUAGUGUGGGAGAUAUUCUUCCGGCGGGCAUGCCACGCGACCGCCCGGACAACUUGUAUGUGUUAUUAUUCCGGCAGACAUUUCAUGUGACAGUAGGUCGCCGGCAAAAUUAAAAAAAAAAAAAUUCCGUUAUCUUGGUUUAAAUAUCUUAUAAAGCUCUACCUAGUAGCCUAAAUUUAAAAUAUCAACCAAAGAAAAUAAGACCAAUACUUGCCAUUUGACUGUCAAUAUACCUACUAGCCCACUGUCUUAAAUAGCUUAUUUUAGGCUAUUAAUAUUGAGUGAGAAGUACGCACACUAUAUUGGCCCUAUAUUAAGAUGUAGGGUCUAUUUCUUUGUGAACAUUUGAACUCCUCGCCUUAAUUAUUUAUCACCCUCACUAUCAUUUUUAUCCUUUCUCUCUCACUCUCAGUAUUUUUUACUUUUAGUAUGCAUUGCUUCCCCCUCCCUCCACUUAUUUCUUGAAAUGAAGUGUAUACUUGUCACCCACCUGCAUCUUUGACGCCAGUUUUAUGAUCGACUAUUAGCGGCCAUGUGACAAGGCUGACAGAUAGUUAUCUCGCCCAACUUUGUUACGGCAGUCAUGUGACCUGGUCGCUGGACGAAAAUCUCUAGAACUUAUUCGUCCAGUCGCCGGUAACGUGACACGGCUGACGGACAGAUAUCUCGCCCAACAUUGUUACGGCGGUCAUGUGACCUGGUUGCCGGACGAAUAUCUCGAGAACUUAUUCGUCAGGUCGCUAGACAUGUAGACACUUCAUAAAACGUAAAAAAUUCUACUUCCACAAAUUACUUAGAGCUGACAUCUUGCUAGUUCUAUUGAGAAUUCAAUUGAUUAUUUUUUUCUAAGUUAAAAUUGAAAGUUGAAGUUAAAAAUAGGUAAAUUUUACUGAUCAUUAAUAAAAAAAAACAACAAAAUACUGAUCAAAUUAAAAAAACAGGUUUCUUUAAUUUAUAACACUUAAUAAUGAGUGUAGCCGUAGGCUGUGGUCAAAAUAAAAAUCAAAGAGAUCACUCUUUAGUCUCUGUGAUUUUUCAUCAUGCCCUGCAUGCUUGGAUAUUACCUAUUAUCGAUAGUGGCCACGGGGUAGUAGAUAAUUCAUUUAAUUGUUUAUCCACAAUAUAAAUUAUUGGAAAGAUUAAUAAUUACUAAUUUUAAAAAAGAAAUGUUUUAUAACUUAAAUAAUUAUUAUUGGCUUAUCAAAUAUCAGUGAUUUUAAUAUUGGGUUUGGUCCCCUUAGACAUGGGACAGAUAACCCCUUGAGCCACUUGUCUAUCAUUUAGAAAGGCCUAAUAAAAGCGUUUUCCUAGGGGAUAAUAUUUGUUUGUGGAAAUAAAAUUUAAUUUUGCAUAAAAGAUUACAACUCUAGUUUGUAGACAGAUUCAAAGAAUUAAUGAUUAAACUGUAUGAAGUGCAUCGAGACGACUUUAAAUUGACAACUGAAAAUUUAAAGAUAAAUGUGAUAACUUCACAAAUUAUGUUUCGCCAGAAUCAGAGCAAUAAAGAAACUUAACUCUCAAACAUGGUUUGUUUUCUGCCAUUUUUGCAUCCUUUUGGUUCCUUUGCCAUCUUACUGGUCCUUUAAUGAAGAACAUAGUGAUAAUAACAUGUUAUAUAUCAUUGGAUUCAAAAUUCAAUGAUCUAUUAUUUGAUACCAAUUAUGAGAUCACAGAUAAUCCUGGUUUUGAUUUAUGGCUGAAAGAUUAGGUUUUUAGGUGUGCUAAAUUUUCACAAAAAUGUAAACAUACCACAAACAGGUAGAAGCAAAAACAUAAGUAUUGCAUCCUAAGUUAAAAUGUUUAUUAUUAUUAUAUUCAUCAAUGGUUCCAUUUUUACAACACAUAAAAAUUUCAAGCAAUUUUAACAACCUUUGUAUUUAUUUACACCCUUUUUAAAAAUACAUUCAUACAUUUUUACAAAGAGUUAAUUUUCUUUCUUUUUUUUUUUUUUUUAAUAUAAAAAAUUAAAGAAAACAAGUCAAGUAUUUCACAAGAGAAAUCCUAUUAUUAUUAAAAAAUGAUAUACAUGGUAAAAAUAAUUUUAAAAUAUUUUUUAAAAAUAUACCACAUUGGGUACAAAUAAACAAAUAUCAGUGUAACAUAUGACAAUUUCUGUUUUCCAGAAAACUCAUAUAUUUAACAAUGGCAGCACAUUAAGUCAUACAUUUUCUCUCUAUUCUAUAAACCCAAUAAAGAUUUCAUCUUAUAUCUUUACUGUAAGUAACAAUUCCAGUUUUAACAGCAUGCUUUUGCUGAGUUAAAAUCAUUCAUAUUGCUGCAGCAGAAACAUGAACAUUGUCAACAAACUUUGUCACCGCCUGAUUACUGAAGAACUAAUAACUAAAAAGACUAAAGCUAUCAGUGUCAGAUCUUUUUAAUUAUUCAAGACACACAUUUUGCUUUCUUCAGAUUAAAAUAAAUAUGACUCUCAGCUUACUAAUAAAACUAGAAAAUUAUUUAAAAUGAAAGAAUAAGUCUCUUGACAGUCUUGGCCACUGUUGUUUUCUUCUACUAACCAUAUUGUCCAUAGCCAUAUUAUUUUUAUUUAUUCCAAAGCUGAUAUCUUUUAUCAACUAAUUUUAUCACAACCCAAUCAACUAGAUUGAAUCUGCAAGAACCAAUAAUUCAUUUACAGUUAUGCUGUUCCAUACCGGUAUUGUUUUACAUUUAUGAAAAGAAUAUGUCCUGUCCUCUCCUGCUUCUCUUGAUUAUUUUUUAUGGUUACUCCAGGGACCAUAUCUGCAUGCAUGUCCAUUUCAUUGGGUACAGAUGUAAUUAACUUUACCUGAUUAUCAGCAGUUUACUCUGUUUUUUUCUUUUAGAAUCUUACUGUUUAGUAUAGGCCUGUAUUUGCAUGUAGGCUAGAAGUCUAAUGAAUGUUAAAAAUUUUGUUUAUCAGUUGGAAGUCCAGUUUGAAAAUCAAGUUGGUUUAGUUGCCAUAACAUUGCAGCUGUAAUUGUAUAUACAUUUACAAAGAAUCUCCAGCCUUUAUGAUGUAAAUUGAAGUUGAAAAGUGAUAAAGGUGAAUGUACUCCAAAUCUUGUCUUGUUUUUGACAGGUUUCAGUUUUUAGCUCAGGUCUCAUGACAGGAAUAUCAUUGCCAUGAUGAUUGAGUUGCUCAAUAUCCUAGUCACCAGUCUGAUACUGUAAAAUGAUAAUAGAAUUUAAACCUUAGAUUUAGGCUUCGAUCUUAAAAUUUAAAAAAAAAAAAAAAAAAAAAAAAAUAAAAAAAAAAAAAAAAAAAAAAAAAAAAAAAAAAAAACUAAAAGCAAUUUAAAAUAAUAAAAAAUCAAAAUUAAAAGCUUUUUUUAAUUCAGAAUAAAUUAUAGACCGUAAAAUCAUUGCCUUCCCUUAGCAUAUCGAGUGUAAACAAAGGAAAUUUUAAACUAUGCCAUUGUAGAAAGAAAAAAAAAAAGCUAAUAAAAUAGAAAAAAGAAAUUAAUAUAAGUAAGCUUAAAUACAUAUUUUCAAUAUUUAUGAAGCCCUCUGUUACAGUAUAUCAAUGUAGAUAUAGUUUUCCCACUAAUUACACAAAAUUUGAGUGCAUUUUUACCUGUCAUAACAAAGAAAAAAAUCUUACAGCUGAUAGCAAACUUUGGAUCAAGCAAAAAUACACAAAAACAGCAUGUCUUCUACUUGUUUUUAUCAUGCUAAUAUCAGUUCUUGGCUUAAAAUAUAAUGAACAAUAUCAUUGGAAGAUAAAUGUUGAAGAGUUUUUGUGUCAUUUUACGCUACCAGCCUUGAGUAAAGUUUCACAGGAUUAGCAAAAUGACUGACAAAAAUGGUGUCAUGAACAAAACUGAAACAUGAUGUACAGCCUAAAUUUUUGAAAAUUAAAAAUUAAAAUUUAUCCUUAAAAUUAUAUUUUUAACAAAUUUAUCGACAAAUUUUUAGUUGCAAGUUAAAAAUAACUUUGGUAUGUAAAAGGUGAUAAAAAAAAUCAAGUUAUAAUCCACCGAUCACUUGUGAUAGAAAAUCCAAUAUAAAUUACUUUGAGAGUUAAUUUGCAAUUAUAUAGUUAAUCUAGUAUUUUAGAUUCAUAAUCAUUGCAACAAUAUCAAUAUGCUUUUAAAUUCUAAUUUCCAUCCGUUAUCUGUAUUCAAAAUUAAAAUUUCAAAUACAUCUAAAAUGCUCAAAAAGCAUAUUAUUGGAAAAGGCUGGCAUUUAGCUUUCCAUUGACAUCAUGAAUAUUUUUUUAAUCACUUGUUUGUAGAAGAAAUUUUAUGAAUUUUUUAUCGGCCUUAUGUGAGCCAUUUUAGGCCUAACACUAUAAUCUUUCUUUAAAAUUUAGUUUUUAACUUUCUUGUUUUCAAAAGUGUAGCAAUCAAAUUAUGUGGAGACCCUAAAAAAACAAUCUUUAACAAAAUAAAAUGCAUAAAUUGUGAAUAAAUAUAUUUUUUUUCUUUAAUUAAUAUGAUCAGAUAAAUAUAUGGUGUAGUUAGUAUUGACAUUUGUAAAAACCCAUACUUUUUAAGAGUAAUAUAAAAUAGUCUAACUGUUACGAACUGUUAUCAAUAGGGAGAAAUUAAUCUUUUAUUUAAGUAUAAGGCUCGUUCUAAAACAGUACACAACAAAAGACCAUACCAAAUGAUAAAUACUAUAAUUACAAUUAUUAAGUUUUAUUAAGUUAAUAAUAAUAAAUUUCAAAAUCAAAAAGAAAUAUAAUUAAAACUAUUGACUUACAGAAUAAUAAUUGGCUCGUACCGGUACAAUGUUGAAGAAAACACAAUGUGCAAAAAAGGUACAAUGAUGAAUGGAAAUCUACACAUAUACAGUAAACAAAGCUUUCUAGCAAAAAUACACAUUCAAAAUAACUCAAGUUUGUCAUCUGCAUCUGCCGUGUCAAUACAUCGGCUUAUAUACAGCCUGUUUCUUAUAUCCUUCGAGAACAGAAUAUGCAUUGUAAUCAUGUCUCCAACUUUCCACUAAAUUCUAAUAAAAACAGACCAUAUAUUAGGUUGGUAACCGAGGUCAAAUUAGUAAGCCACACCCUAAUAGUGCAGUGCAGCCGAAUAGGGGUCAGCUUAAGUUCAUUCACCAGAAAAGAUACAUAAAAGUAAAAUGGGACGCCUAUGUAACACUAACUAUUCAAUUAAUGCUGCUAUUGAAAUAAAUUUUACACAGUAACAGUGUCCAGUUUUAGUUAAAGACAUUUGUUAAAUAUUACUUCCCAUAUUAUAAAUAAUUAAAUUAAUAUAAAAAUAAAGAAUAAUUUACCUCCUCAUUAAAAAAAAUUAUAUAACCAAAAGCUGCCGCAGCCGACAUAAUUAUAAGGUGAGGUAUAAAAUAUAAGUGAGGCCCCUGGCUUACUUACAAAAAUGGAAUACAAUUCUUUUUCAUCCUUCGCAUCCGAAAAUGACCAAGGCUAUAUUCGACUGGUGAGUAAACAGAUCGGUUUUGAGUCCUAUUGGUGCCAGGAUAGAUUGCCAGCAUGUAAGACUCUAUUGUUUUUGUGUCCUAGUGGUAUUGGAGGCUAUUCGACUUUUCCUUGAUGUGUGUUUUGUUUGGAUGUAAAGGGUAUGUUUAGGGGCCAUCCAUAUAAUCCAUACACACUGAGGGGGAGGGGGUUGUUGAUUUUGCAUUCACGUGCAUAUAAUGGUGAAGAGGGGUCUUGGCAGAAAUUAUGUGCUGUAAAUUUAUUAACAAAUUCUGCAAUAAUUUUCCUGAAAUUCUGACAGUCCUUGAAUAGCACAUUGAAAGCUAUAACACUAGUAGAAGAAGCGGUGCCCUAGGAAAAUUCUGAAAAUGGUGCCCCACAAUAUAUAGAAAAAUUGCCAGUAAAAAGACACUUUUUGAUGUAACUUGUCCUUUUUGAUGUAACUUGUCCUUUUUGGAACAUGGGAUCUUAUAGUUUCAGUUAAGGUUCAAUCUUAUGAUUAUUUUGGCAUGUCCUUGAUGUUGGCACCUGGGACAAGCAUCCCUUGUCAUGGCCCAGUCUGAGGGCGAUGCGGCUCUUCAGGGCCAUGCAGUAUAUAUUCUGUGAACCACUGGGCAUGCCAUAACGGACAGCGGUAAAAACUUAUGACAGAAUAAUUUUUACUGUGACAUCAUAAUCGCCUAUAAAGAAAUAUAUUUUGAUGGUAGUUUUUUGUUGUUUUAUUUUUUGGAUGAGGGGUUGAAAGGGGCUAUCUAUAAAGUAUCCAUGCAGGGGGGGGGGGGAAUUUUGACUUUUUUUAAUGUACAUAUUAUAUUGAUGGUCCCUUACUCUGAAUAAUUUAAAUUAUUUUAUUAAUACAUCUCAAUCACUCAAACAAGUCUGAAUAAAGGAGUGGUGUAAAAGCAAGUCUCAGUUGCACAACUUUAUAUAUAAAGAAGGGUCUUCACUGCCCAACAUACUUUUUGCUUUUUGCUCUUUCUGGUUUAAGUAGUUCUAAUUUUCUAUUAAAUUUGUGAAGAUAUUGAUAAUUAAAUUAUUAGUGCACCUACACCAACCUGCAUGCUUCUGUUAUGAAAAGAAAUAUAACUUAAAUAUUUUUAAAUCAAUACAUGUGUUUUGAUCAUUUCCAUUUGGCCAUGGUUUCAUGUGAUUUUGAACCUGAAAUCUUAAAACCCAUUUAAGUAGCUCUAAAUAAUCAGUACUUCUUUUUGUUGUUCUUUUUGUUGUUCUUUCCCAAUGAAAAAAAGUAGAUUAUAUAGAUAUUCUUACAUUGCUUUAGUUCUUUGAUUUGUAAAACUGUAAAAAAAAUUUGUUGUCCAUCUUUUUCCAUAAUAAAAAAAAAAAAUGUAAUGUUAUAAAACAAAUUUUAGGUCAUCUACACCAGUGCUCCGCAGCCUUUUCCCCCUCACUGCACUUCUGGACUCUUCCCAGAUUUUCGCGGCACACCAUGAUUAAGAAAAUUGUUUGCUUUUGUUUACAUGGUGCAUGAAUAUUUUUUUUCUCUCUCAAAUAGACAUGAAAUUAAUGUGAGCAGGUAGAUUUUUGUUUACCAAGUUAUAAAACAUAAAAAGUUUUCACUUUUUAAGAACAGAAAUUUAAGGGAAACUGCCUUGUCACCCUCUUAGUUUGUUUGUUUUUUGUUUUUUUGUGCAUACAACUGCUUGUAUCCAUGUUUAAAACUGUAAUUUUUUUCAUUUAUUUCACAAAUUCUGAAGGCCAUUGCAUACUGAUUUAUCUCAUAGAAAUGUUCCCAUUCAAAAACACAAUUUCUUUUUUUUUUUUUUUGGUUGUUGGGGUAAAAAUGUUGUUUUUUUUUUUAAUAAUUUUGUUGCACACUCAGAUCAACACCUGUUUGACUGUUUCAACAAAUCAGAUGAAAUAGUUUGGGUACUACCCUUCAAUUUCUUUUUUUUUUUUUUUGGUUGUUGGGGUAAAAAUGUUGUUUUUUUUUUUAAUAAUUAUGUUGCACACUCAGAUCAACACCUGUUUGACUGUGUCAACAAAUCAGAUGAAAUAGUUUGGGUACUACCCUCUGCCUUGACAGGAUGGGGUUUAGUUUGUGUUAGAUUUGUUUUCAAUUAUUGGCGAUGAAAUGUUAUUGGGUAGUGUAAAUAAUUUUUAAACACCAGUAACCAACACCUAAGAGUAUUAUACAGUACAGGCUGAAAAGAUGUGAUCAGAGGUCAAAGUCAGAGGGAUGUACUUUACUCAGGGCUUCAGAAACCAUGAAAGGUUGACUUGGUCAUGAGAAACACCAAAUUUAAACAUGCAUCUGUGCUGUGCUAUUUGACUUCAAAAGUUUGACAGCUUGUUAAUUAGCAAAUCAUUGUCCUUCUGUUUCAACAAAUUAAAAUGUCUCCUGGAGUUUUUCAUCCCCCACCCUGGGGGGAAUUUUGCCACGGCACAUCUUACAUCAUACUGUGGCACACCAGCAAAGUUUUCUUAUUUUUUUUAUACCAUAUAUUUGAAUUUCAAAUUACAGGCCUUAGACUUGAUAUAUUUUUAUCAUGAUGCCAUGUUAUUAAACUAAAGUUUGUUUUUUUAAUGACAGAAAAUCAAAUGCUCCAGAAGAGGAAGUUAAAGUUGUUAUCGCUCAGGUCAGUUACUUCCUAGUUUUUCAAUUUAAGUCUGUUAUUUUGGUGUCAGGUUAUUUUAACUGAUUAAAAAUUUGCUUCAAUGUUGUAAUUUUUGUUUGCCAUACUCAUAGGCUUAUCUUUUUAUUUAUAUAUAUAUAUAAUGAUUCAUAACAACAUUCCUGCAUAGUUAUAUUAAGACAUCCAUUUGUCUGAAUAAAUAAUUUGUUUUGUUGCAUCAACUCAUAUCUUUGCAUAUAUCCCCAUUGGGGAAAUACUUAAAUAUCUGUAUUUUCUAUCUUCUUCCAGCAUGGUCAGAAGAAAGAGAAGGCUGUUGUCAAUUCUGUGUUUUUUGCGUAAGUUUUAAAAUCCUUCAUCCUGUCCCCAAAUAUUAAUUUAUUCAUUUGCUUGAAUUAUGUUACAGAAUUUUUUAUGACUUUACCAAGAUACAUUAAUGUUAAAUGUUUGAAUGGCUAAUUUUAUGCUGCCAUGUUGACAUUUACUUUGUAAAAAUUAUGAGCCUCAUUACGAGAAAAAUCUUAUUCAUGGCAUAAAUUAUAUUGGGAUGAAUAAAUUAUUAAGAUUUGUCUUACGUUUGAAAUGAGUCCACUUUGCUUUGUGGGUUAACCCCCAAUAUAACUUAUAAUACAUAAUAAUAAAAACAAUGGUGAUUUCUGGUUGAAUGUGAAGGAUCACAAAUAAUCAUUUUCUCUGUAUGUAUGUAUGGCUGUGUUCACUAGGCACACAAAAUAAAAUUACCAGAAAUUAGCUCUAAUUGGGAUUAUAAUAAAGUGCGGUACUUGAAUGCAUGUUCUGUCUUGUCCAGUAACUGAGGCAGGCUGGAUUUUCAUGCAUUGCUGAGGCCAUUGUUUGAAGAGUGAUUUCUGAUAUUAUAAUACUCUGCACAAAUUCAUUUUCAGACGUCUGGGCAAAAUCUUGAAGGUGCUGAUACCUGGUGUUUUUACUAAAGAAGUGAGUCAACUUAGAAUUUUUAAGUGUGUAUUUUACAAACUUAAUAAACACAUUUCAGCUGUUAAAUUAUGUUAUUACAUGUAACUUAUUACUAUUUCACUGUUUAUCCUGAAAGGCGUACAAAAUUAGGUUCAUUCCGUUUACUGAAAUAGAUGGUAACUUCGUAAAUAACAUUUAUUAACUAUUAAAUUUAUGUCUACUCUUUAAAUGGAGUCAGAUUUUACCUGUUUGGUUAUAUUAUUUAAGUUCAAGCAAAUGACUAAAUUUAUGUAUUUAUAAAAUAUUUAAAGGCUUUUAGGCCUACAAUGUUUUAGCAGCUAUCUAACCUCAUAUACCAGUACUUAGUAAAAACAGUAAGAUUCAGGAAUUCAAAGUCUCCAAAGUGCACUCCUCAAAUAAAAACCAAGAGUCAAGUCCCAUUAGGCUGCACAGUUUUGACUUAUUAUAUUAUCAGUUUUACCUUGAUAUGAAAACACAAUUCUUAUUCAAUUACCAGUUCUGUGCAUGGAAAGUUUCAUUUUGUAAUAUCAGUCAUUUCUUUCCUGAAACUUUAAAAAAAAAUUGUCACUAUUUCUAUAAUUUAAUGACCACAAAUUUGCAUAACUUUAAAACCAAUCACUCUGACUUUAUAAACUGCAGUUUUUAGAUGGAUCCUGCUGUUUUUCUAGCAAUUUCCAUUAAUCUGUUACUGACUUGUGCAAGAAGUCGUUGAAAUAUGUUGUGCUAUGUGAUGAAUCAUAACCAGGCCUAAUGGAAUUAAACAAGGUCACUCAUGUAAGCAUUGAUUUAUUCAUUGCAUUUUCUCACAGACUUUCUACCUGGCCAUUGUCGCUGUCAGUCUAGUGGCCAGGACCUAUGCUGAUGUAUGGAUGAUUCAGAAUGGAACAUCUAUUGAAAGGUGCGUUGGAUAAUACGCAAAAUAAGUAAGAUAUGCCAACUUUAUUCCUAUCAUUCAUUAUGGAAUGGACAUUGAAAUACGUAAGUUUAUGCAUAUAUUCGAUCAACAAUGUACCAGUAAUUUUAUUUGUCAAUUAUGUGUAGCCCCUUUAUGUUAUUGUUGAGCUAAUUUCAAGCAGUAACACGUUUGAACAGUGAAUAUAAUAACUUUGUUGACAUCUGUCAAAAUUGAAUUGCUCUCUGUUUUCUUUUGAUUUAGUGCAAUAAUUGGCAGAGAUGCCCAACAGUUCAAGGUCUUGCUAUUCAAGUUUAUUUAUGCCAUGCCUGUUGUAAGUCAUUUUGAUUUUUCAAAAUCUAUACCUGAUGCUCUGUGAUGUUUGACAAGGUUCAAACAGGCUGGGCAGGUCUGUCUACACAAACCAACAGUUGAUCUUUGCAUAUUACCUAAAUAGAUGAUUCAGCUGUUGUGCACAUUCUAUGUUUCUUAACACACUUCACAAGGUUAUUGCAGAAGCAGCUGCACAGAAUCUUGCAAGCACACAAAAACAAUAACUAAACAGCAGUAAAAUUAUAUAGUGGUUAUCCGAUAAAAAUGUAUUUUUAAAAACUAAAUCAGCCUUGCAAAUUUGAAGCCCCCCCCCUUUUUUUUUAUAUCAUAACUUAAUUUAAGUCAUUGUGUUAUUGCAGUACUUAAAUAGUUAUACCUGUGAUAUCCUAGCAGGGAUAGUUUAAAAGGCAUGUGGGUAAAUGACUUCACUAUAAAUGUUGAAAAAGAUUCUUAAUUGUAUAAAUUUGUGCCAUCCCCCUUCAGCCCCAACUAUUCCUGCAGUUACUGCUUGAUUUAAAUAUUUUAUUUAACACUUCUAUGGCUCUAAGUAUUUGUAAAAAAAAUGUGACUCGGUUAUAUGCUUUAAAAAAUAUAUACAUUGCAAGAUUAUCACUUUAUAGCUGUCACUGUCUAUUUAAAAAGACAUAUUCUUGAGGUUAUUAUCAUGUAUUCAUGUGCCUUUCACCUCGUGUGAUUAAUUUUCAAUCUAUUAUUCAAUAAUUUUGUAUUUUCAGAUAUCGGUGGUAAAUAAUCUGCUAAAGGUAAUUUCAUACGUGUAUUCGAGGCUCUUUUACUGUAAUUGUUUUGUUUUAUUCUUUGAAUUAAAGUUUGAAGAAGAUCAGAUUUGAGGAAAAGUAUGUAUCAUUGAUCUUGAGUGGAGGGUACUUUAAAGUUUGAUGUAAUAAAACUUGAUAUCUCAAGUGAACUAAAUGGGAAUCUGUUAACAGAUUUUGAUUUGCUAAAUAUUGCUGCACAUAACAUCUGUAUAAGAUAAUAUUCUUCUAUGGUAACUUUUGUUCUUAAAUAGCAUGUACUUAUGUUGUUUUUUUUAAAACGUUGAUGAGAUUAAUAUGUUUUUUUAUUUAUUUUGUUAAAUUAAAUUUUUUUAUGUCAUCAAAUAUAUCAAGACAUUGUUCUUUUCAAACAGCAUAGAUUGAAACUCCAAUAAGGUUUGUGUAACUAACUAAUCAAUCCCAGUUUUUUCUUUAAUGCAAUUAGUAACUUUUAUCAGUGAGGAUAAUUCUAAUUUAUUGUCUCUAUGUGGCUCUUUUUAUUGCAGUAUGGACUAUACAUGCUGAAACUCAGGUUUAGAAUCAGGUUGUCUAAAUAUUUGUAUGAUAAGUAUCUCAAGUAAGUUAAAAAUUCAAGUAAUUGUGUGUCUCUUUUUGUCAUACUUAUGAUGUAUGUAAGCUGAGUUUUUGAGGAAAUUUACUUUGUAAGUUUGCUGCCAUAAGUUUUAAAAAUUGACAUUUAGCUCACAUCAGUGAUUGGGGCAAAAAAUACUAUUUAGGUGUGAAUCUAUGAGUGCAUUUACAGAGAACAAAAAUAGUCAAGUGCAUUAUGUUGCAUUUUUUAUAAAUUAAAAUGUAUCUGUGGUAACACUAUUAUAAGUGAAGCACUUUCUUUUAUUUGCAAUGGGUUAAGCAUUUUAAUGGUACUUAAAUUUUCCAAAUAGUCAAUUUUAAAUUAAGAAUAAUUUAUAGCUUAUUGACCACAGGGGCUUCACAUUCUACAAAAUGAGCAACUUGGACAACCGCAUCUCCAAUGCUGACCAGUUACUGACACAAGAUACUGAGAAAUUCUGUGACUGUGUUGCUGAGCUCUAUUCAAAUCUUAGCAAGGUGAGAAAGCUGUUGGCUACAUUUAGCCAUAAAGUUAAAAUGACUUCUGUCAUAGAUCUUAACUAAUUGGACAUUUCUUAUGAUUGUAAAUUUAAUAAAAACAAAGAGCUGGAAAGUGCUAUAACUUAGCAAUUUUAAACCUAAGACAAUUUUGAACAUAAAAAGUAAUAACAUAAUGUUAUAGCCUGCAUUGCUUUUUCUCCCCCCCCCCCUUCGUUUUUGCUGCUGACGUCAACAAUUAAAUUGAUGACACGUGCUGCCACUCCUUUACCCCUACCGCCCUAGAUUGGGAAAAUUUGUUUAUGUUAACAGAAGGGUCUACAUAGAGAGAGAAAAAUUUUCUCUGACGAUUAAAUUUGAAGAAUUUAUGUUCUAGUGGGUUCUGACACCCUCACUAUAAAUAUGACGGUUGAUUGUGACCAGCAGACUUAUGAGACUUACCAGAGAUUUAAAAACUAGAGACAACUUUUUCUCAUUGUGUAUGUGUGGAUUAAUAUUUUUGCCUUUCUAGAAUUAUCGUUAUCACUUGCUGUAAGUUAUUGUUUUUCUUUCUGUAUGUUUGUUUUUAUAUCAACUUAAUAAUAUAAUUAAAUUAAUUAUUGUUAAUUAUCACCUGCUUUGGUAUAGUUUUGCUUUGUAUACUGGUUUUCAGCUCUUUAUUUACAUAUUGUUCAUUUAAUGAGCCAAGUUUUAAAACAGAUUAAAUUUUUAAAACCAUGUAUCAGUAAGGAACACAUAUUAUUAACACAUUGAGUUAUCUGUUGAAAUUGUUUAUAUAAAAUACAUAAAAGAAAUAUGAAUAAAUUUUAUAUUCCUUGGACAAAUUUCUGAAUAAUUUUUAUUUUUUUCAGCCAAUUCUUGAUGUAAUACUCUAUUCUGUCAAACUUGCUGGUGCAAUUGGUGUCAUGGUAUGCAUUUUAUAAGUUGUUUGGAACAUUUUUCUUUGUGAUCAUGAGAAAAUACUUCUCCAUUAAUUUUAUUUUUUACUGAUAGUAUUUUUUUCCUGCUAUUAUCAUGAUUUAAAUUACAUGUGAAUGAUACAAAUUAGUUGUACCCAGAUCAAAUUGCUGUUAUGUCUAAAUCUUAUAGUCUGAAAGGAGGGGAAAAAAUGACAGCUGAAUUUAAGUAUAAAAUAUAACAUAAUGUAAGUGUUAUUCAGUUCAAAGUCAUGAAAAAAUGGUAACAAAAAUUUUUGUCAUCUUUUUUUUUUUCUCCAUCAAAGAUUUUGAUCUAUCAAAUAAAUGAUGUAAGCCUCUUCUAUAACUCCUAACUUUCUCCACACUCCCCUCCUAAAGAGAUGUUUUGUAUCAACAAAUAAAAAUAUGGAUUGAUUGCAAUUGAAACAAAGUGUAUAGUUAAUUUUACAACACUAAUAUAUCGGCACUCAAGGAACUUUGCCGGUUUUGACAGCCAAUUUAUCUGCAAAUAGUUUGUGAAGAGUUUAAAGGAGUUGUUGUCUGUAAAAUUAUAUUUGUUCCAGAUUAGACCUAAAAGACAUUUAAGAAAACAUUUUCUAUUUCAUUUUCCAUAUUUAUAUUCUUGGUAUGCAAGAUGUAGAUAUUCAUAAUAUUUUAAAACUGCGGCAGCAUAUUAACCUAAAUUUAAGAUAUUUUUAUAUAAUUUUUAAAUUUUAUUUCUUCACAUAGGGUCCAACUUAUAUGUUGAUGUACCUUGCCUUUUCUGGUGCUGUAUUGACUAGGUACGUAGCAAACUAUGUUAUUCGAUGGAUUUUUAGUGUUGCCGCGAUCUUCCCAUGUUGAUGCCAUUUCAGCAAAGAACUUAGAAAGAAUUUAUUGUUUUGUGGCACAUGUAACUAGAUUCAAAAUGCCAUUUUUGUAACUUUUAAAAAUAUUUUUUUUACAUUGCAUCAAUUUUUAAAAUGUAUUUAAUGUUAAAUGUCAUCAGGAGAGUCUUAAUCACCCUUUUGUUUUCAAUGUGUUCAGAUUACGUAGACCUGUGGGUCGUAUGACUGUGGCAGAGCAGAAGUUGGAAGGGGAAUACAGAUAUGUUAAUUCUAGACUCAUCACCAACAGGUAAUUAUUCUAACGUUCACAAGGAACUGUCAUGUCAAUAUUUUAAAUUCAUAACAAAUUUUCUAUCCAAAAAAAAAUAUUUAUAUAUAUUUUAAUUAAAUUUGUUUCAUUUUUUUCUCCUUUUUUUAAAUAUUUAUUUUGUAAUAAAUUCUUUCAGUGAGGAGAUUGCAUUUUAUCAAGGGAAUAGCAGAGAAAAGUUUAUUAUUACUGGAACAUUCCACAAAUUGGUGAGUUAAUAAAAGUGCUUUAAAAUUCUAGAAUUUACUCUCUGUGAUCCGGUUAGGUAUGUCUGCUGAUUUUUUUUUAAAUUUGAGCUCUGAUUUUGUCUUGUAUAAUUUAAGCAGCAGUGAUGGUCUUAAGCAUAUUAGCAUGAAUGGGCAGCAGUGAUUAGCUUAACUACCAAAAAGGGGUAAAUUCUGGAAGUGUAUAUGCAUAGAUAUUUCUUCACUUGUCGUGAGAACUGAUCCACCAAAUUAAAAGUCCCUUAAUCUGCUCAAAAUCCCAGAAACUUUCUAUUCACAUUGCAUUGUCUUAUCAUAACAGGUUGACCAUCUUAGAAAUUUCAUCCACUUUCGAGUUCAGAUGGGAUUCAUUGACAACAUUAUUGCCAAAUGUAAGAACACUUACGUUGAUAAAAUUAAAGCUUUCUGUUUUCUUAACUCUUUCCUUGCCAAUCAACGAUUAGACUGCCAGCGUAUGUGCCUAUUGACGAUAUAUCAUCUAUUUAAUUUUCAUUAGUUUAUUUCGCUGCCUAUGGCUAUCAAUCCAAAUUUUUAAGUUUUCAAAGGAACAAUAACUCUUCCUACUUCCUUACUGUUAGUGUUAAGUGGUGUUUGUUCACAUGUGUUUUUCUAAUAAUUGAGACUUUUUUUUUAUUUGUGUUGAAACUUUUUGUAAACAAAGCAAUGGCCACGUUGACUCCAAGAAUAUCAGUGCCAGACCACAUAGGUUGUCAAAUUUUUAAGCACAAGAGCUUUUAUUGUGAAUUAUUGAUGGUGAAACAUAGUUUAACAACCAUGAAUUAUUUGAAUCUGAUUCCAGUGAUGAUUUUCAGCUUUGUGAUGGGUCGGUAAAUGCCAAAUGGUAAUAGAAUAGUGACAGUGAUAGUAAUAGUAUUGACAGUCGGCACUUUGGUAAAAAUUUCAAAACAUUUUUUUUUAAAUAUCAAAAUACCACAGCAGUAUAGACCCUAGAGAAUAGAUUAGAAAAACACCAAGAUCAACUUUCUAGCUCAAGUGGUUCAAAAGUUAUGAAUUUUUUCAAAACCAAUUUUUUACUAAAGCGACAGUGAGGAUUCAGAUAAUACUAACCCUGUUCCUACAAAGAGAAGUCAGAAAUGAGACAGAAAAGAUGCAAGAAUAAUUAGAACUCUGAAACACUCAUUUCGCUAGUGCCAAAACCAGGGGAAACGUCCAUCAACAGUGCAGACAAGCUUCUCAGUGAAAAUAAGCAUCUGGUUGACUAUGACGGGCAUGAUUGACAGUGUCCACACUGUUCAGCUCACAAAAUAACCAAAUGCGGGUGUUAUGUGUGCAUCGGAUGCACAGGAAGGCCUCAUCUGUGUCUUAAAGAGUGCUUCAUAAAGGACCGCACAGAAAUAAAUUUGUACCAAAGCAAAAUAUUUCGUAAAUAAUGUGUUUGACAUUUGUGUAUAUAUAUAUAUAUAUAUGUGCAAAGAAACUGUUUUCUUCAGUAGACAUUAACGUAUAAAAAUGUGUGUAACUCUGUCAGUAAAUGGAAUAUUUUCAAAAUUCUAAUAAAAAAUGGAUAUACUUUCUGGUGAUUGAAGCAGAAUAGGAUACCAAGUACACAGAUCUUAUAGUAGCCUGAUGAGUUCAGAUUUGGUGGCGCAUUUAAAAAAAAAAAAAUAUAUUCAUCUCAUAAUAUUACCAAUAAAAUUUAAACUCGUAUUGUCUUAUUGUUUUAUAUUUUACGUAUUAUUAUUCUGUGUUCAAUUUCCUUUAAUUUGAUAUGAAAUACAGCUAUCUUGCUAAAAGAGGUAUUCAUUAAUUGUUAAUUGAUAAGAGCACCCUAAAAUAUUUUCAUUGGACGAAAAUCGAUCAGGCAUAAACGUGAUAAACCCCCUGGCAUGGAAAGAGUUAAACUACAACAACAAAGAAUAUUUAGGUAAAAAAUAAAAAUUACAUUAAAACCAACGUAGCUCACUAAAUUGCUGAGAUUUUAAAUUAAUGUUCAUCAGAUAUUGCAACUGUGGUUGGGUAUUUAGUGGUCAGCCGACCUUUCCUAAAUCUGGCCCAUCCAAGGCAUAAGGACUCAUCUCACAGUGAACUACUUGAAGUAAGUGACUUGCCUGUUAUCAAUGUUAGGCAAUAAAAAAUUAAACAAUCUGUUUUUUUUAUGUUUAUUUCAUAGAUUCCAAAAUCCAUGUCUUUCUAGUAUCAUUAAAUGUUGAAUUUUCUUGACAAACCACAUUUUUUUUGUGAUAUGGGUAAUUCAAUAUUGGGCAAAUAUUUGUUGGUUUUAGAGGAACUUUCCCAUGCUAAAACAAAGCCAGUAUGCAGUAUUUUAUGUAAAUUAUUUUUUUUAGUGAUUCAAUUUUUACCCGCAUAUUUAAAAAAAAAUCUGCCUUGUAAAAAAAAAAAUGCAAAGAGUUACAAAUAUAUUGGAUAUAAUAUGUCAAACAAACGACAGAAAUUAAUUUUUUAAAAAUUUAUUUCCAACGUUAGGACUAUUUCAAAAGUGGUCGCAUGUUAGUCAAGAUGGCAGAAGCCAUUGGAAGAAUUGUCUUAGCAGGCAGAGAAUUGACACGACUGGCUGGGUAGGUGAUUUUCUUUUACUUUUAAUGAGGUGGAAUUAACCGUUGUGAAAAUAAUAAUAAAGCCUUAGGAUGGAGCGCAAGUCAAAUGAAAUAUAAACGAAACAUUAAACAGGGCUUAAAGGACUAAAUUUGAAUUUUUCUGCUCACACUUUUCCACAGAUUUACUGCUAGAGUGACAGACUUGAUGAAAGUUCUGGAUGAUUUGAAUACUGGACGCUAUGAAAGAACAAUGGUCAGCACAGAUAAUGGAAGAGGUAGUGUAUGGCUGAUUGGCAAUGUUAGGAUACCAGGAAUGUUAAUAAUUAGUCACCAGAUCUCUAUUUUGUUUUAUCAUGUUUGCUGCUUAAUUACCAUAUUAUGGUACAUUUUCAUUUACUCCAUGGCAAGCUGACGUAUUGCUUGUGACCCAAAAGUACUUUUAUGAAUCAGAUACUGAUAAAAUCAGAUAAUCAAUCUGAUACUGAUAAAAAUCAGAGAUUUAUGAAAGAGCAAUAUUCUUUGAAGUUUUUUUUAUUGGCAAUAUGCUCAAGCAUCAUCAUGUUUACAAUUUUUUCCCAAAUUUGUUUCAUACUUCAGGAUCCAGCAAUAACUUGAAAGCCCUGACACUCAAACCAGGCAAUGGAAAAAUAAUUAUCAAAGAUCACAUAAUCAAGUAAGUUGCAGAGUGUCAGUUAACCCUAGUUCAAAUUUGAUGUGCAAUACAAAAAGUAACUUGUAUUACAUGGUGCAUACAUCUUUAUGACAAUAAACAAAACUGUUGCUUUUUUGGGUAUAAUUAUGUUAUUUUGUUUAUAAUUAAAUGCUGAUAUGAUCUGAACUCAAAUUAACUUCUUUUAAAUGUGUAAGCAAUAUGCUCCCCUCUAAUUAUUUGAUGGGAUAAUUUAUUUUAACUAACUAUAUCAGUUUCAUUAAAUAAACAUUUAAUUUUAAUGUUAGAAAACAACUAGUAAGGUCCAAAUUUGUGUGUAUAUUUUGAUCUGUAGGUUUGACAAGGUACCCCUUGUGACACCUAAUGGUGAUGUUCUCAUUGAGGAGCUCAGCUUUGAGGUACAAAUUGGGUUGUGUUUCUCACAUUGGUUUUAGGCAUGAAAUUUAUUUAUUUAAACUCAUUUUCAUGUGAGAUAUUUACAUUCCUAUUUUAUGUUGUUAAAUUAUUUUUUUAAUUUUGUGUUGCUUAAGACCUAAACUAUGUUACAGGUAUCUUCAGGAAAAAAUGUUCUGGUAUGUGGACCAAAUGGUUGUGGCAAGAGCUCUUUGUUUAGGAUAUUGGGAGAGGUAAGCUAUCUGACAUGGUUCUUGUUAUCCUUUUUAUUUACAUUUCUCAUAAUAUUUUUGCUGGAUUAGCCUUUCUCCACAUCUGUACCCUGGAGAGUGCUUGCAAUCAUUUUAAUAAAUGUGGGAAUUGUGGGGAUUCAUUCUUAUGGAUAAAAAUGUGCAGCUCAAAAAUGUAAACGUCUUAACUAUGAUCAAUCUUGAUCUUUUACUCAACCUGUAAUGACUUGAGUGAUCUGACAAGCAUUCUUAUAGGUUACAUUUACAAAGAGUUUUUUAUUUAUAGAUUAGUUACUUGUGAACUGAUGUCUUUGUUUGAGAAACAUUUUCAUAAUUAAUCUGAAUGAGAAAGGAUUAAUUAAAUUAUUGACUUGUUUGUUUAUUCUUGAAUCUCAUGUUUAGUUGUGGCCUCUCUUUGGAGGAACUCUCACCAAGCCAGAGAAAGGAAAGCUGUUUUAUGUUCCACAGGUAUGUCGAUGUAGAGGUGCUAUUAACACUGAUUUUUGUCAUUUAUAUUUCAAAUAUUUGUUAUCAAAUUGCUUUUGGUAAAACCUAUUGUCAAAGCUCAGUAAAUUGCUCCAAUUUUUAUGGCUAAUGUACUUUUCGAUUGUUUAUUCCAGCGUCCUUACAUGGCCGUGGGCACUUUAAGAGACCAGGUUAUCUACCCAGAUAACCAUGCAGAGCAGCUUAAAAAGGGAGUCAGGGAUGAAGAGCUUGCUGAGAUUCUUGACAAGGUGACUAUUUUUGUGACUGAAGUGUAGCUAUAGUAUGGGUUUUGUUUAAGUUUGUGUGGAGAGUGUAUGCCUCAAAAAUAACUUCACCUUAUUUUGUAUAUUGUAAAGAACUGUUUUUUUAAAUAGCGCACUUAAUAAGAUGUUUAUAGAACUUUAAAAAAAAAGCUUACAGGAUAAUUUUAGACCUGACAAAAACAAAAUUAACAUAGCCCAUAAGGCUAAUUAAGUGUUGACAAUUUUGUUUUGCUUACAAACGCUUGGUUUGACUGUUUUUAAAAAGAAGAAUUUUUACGGUUUUGAUAUUUAAAGGAAUUACUUUCUAAAUGUCCUGACAGUAUUAAACAUUGCCUCUCUCCCCCAUCAGGUUCAACUUAACCAUAUAUUAGAAAGAGAAGGAGGAUGGGAGGCUGUUCAGGUAAGUUCAUUAAAGUUUCAAUGUACUGACUGACAUAAAAAUGGAUGAUAGAAUUACAGUGUUAAAUAUUUACAUGUGCCGAACAUCCAUAGAUUCAUAUGUAUUGGUCUCUCCCUUUAUUCUUCUGGUAGGAUUGGAUGGAUGUCUUGAGUGGAGGAGAAAAGCAGAGAAUUGCGGUAAGUCAUUGACCUUGUAACCAGGAUGACUUUGUUUAAAUAAGUUUUGAGAAGACUGAAGUUAUUUUAAAGACUCAUUUUAUAGAUUUCAACUACUUCAAUACUCUUUAGGACAUCAGCAUCAGAGUAGCCACAAAGCAUCUCUAGAGUGUAAUACCCUCAUCAUUAACUUUUCUAUUUGUCUAGAUGGCCCGCCUGUUCUACCAUAAGCCCCAAUUUGCCAUCCUAGAUGAGUGCACAAGUGCUGUUAGUGUUGAUGUAGAAGGUUAUAUGUACCAGCACAGCCGAGAGGUUAGUGGUUGAUUUUUUUUAGUAAUUUGAUAAAAUUUAUCCUCUGUAUGGAUACAAAAUAAUAAUUUGGUUGUAUUUUAUUAUAUUUUGAAAGGGUGUUUUUUUUUUUUUCAUUUGAGGGCCCACGAUCAAUUAUUUAUCAUUUUGGCUCCUGGUUUGAAUUCAGAGUUAGCCUUCUCUUAGAUGAGCUGCCUUCCAGGGCUAACGAUUCCCAUCCACCCGGGGUGCUUGGCCGGGUUUUGGCUGGAAUUGAACUUCAGACCACCAACUUGAGAUUUGCUCAAUUUAGACCAUUUGGCCACCCAAUUAGCCAUAUCCAGGCACAUACUUAAAAAUAGUAUUCUUAAUCCAAAAAAUUUGACCUCAGUGCAAAACCAAAGACAGUAUAAACUGCUGUUUAUGAGCAAGAGCUAAUCUUGUGGUUUACACUUCCUAUUGUUCUUCUCCACAAUUAUUGAAGAAUUGGUUUCUGUUUUUUAUUAAUGAUCUUGCCCUUGGUGCAUCAUUUCUUUGUUUAAUAUUUCCAGGUUGGCAUCACAUUAUUCACUGUGUCACACAGAAAAUCUUUAUGGAAACAUCAUGAGGUACAGUGCUGCAUGACAUCUUCAUGUAUUCAGUUGUCUUGUUGACUGUCUACUUAUUCUUAUUUUUCUAAGUAUAAAGAAGAAACAAAUGUGGGAAAAAUUGUAUUGUCUUUAUUCAAAUAUAUUAUACCCAAAUAGAAAAAGUUUAUGCAUUGUGCUAAAUAUCGUUAAUCUUUUAAAGAAAAUUUUAUUCAGUUUUGUUCUGACAUGUAGCAAAAGUAAAUAUGUGCUGCAUCAAUAUUCAUUUUAUGCAUAUGCUAAGCUUAGAUAAUUUCAUGGCCUUGCACCAUUAAAGGAACUCCACACUGGCAGCCAGUGCGGUAGGCCAUCCUAGAUCACAGUUGUUGUCAGCUCCUUAUCAUUGUGGGGAUACAAAAUGAGAAACUCCUGCGCUGCCUCAGGGAAGUGUAGGGGUUGCUAUGCUAAAAAGCAACAAGCCAGUCCACUGAUGAGGCUGAAAACAAUUGGUGAAAGCUCAUCAUAACCUCUUCUGGUCAAUCAGAAAAAUUAACCCAUGAUACCUAACCAUAGAGAAAAUUACAGUCAUUUAGGAAUGAAUAUAAAAAAUUGUUACCGUGUGCCAUUGAUUUGGCUUGUAGCCACUAAUAACAAUUUUCCACUCUGAUCAUCUCCAGUAUUAUCUAAAGAUGGAUGGCCGUGGCUACUAUGAGUUCAAGCCUAUCACAGAUGACACCACUGAGUUUGGCUCAUGAUCAGAGCCAACAGUGAUAUGAGAUCACAUGACGUCCUUAAAAGAUUAAACUUUUAUUGUUCUCUACAUUAGACGGCUAUGCAUUGGGAAAUGUUACUGAUGAUACAGAAUUUUAUCUUUAAACAUAGAAAAUCAGAAUAUAGAAAAUAACUCAUCACUUUUUAAAGUAUCUUUUCAGUUUUCUGUAUUUUUUUUUCUUCUUUUGGGUACAGAAAAAAUAUUUAUUGUAGCUAUAUUUGACUCCUUUUCAACUGUCUCCGAAUGCACUGGCUUUUAGAGCUUGCAAGUAAGGGGCUAGAGUCCACAUGUAGACUUUGAAAUAUUACGUUUUUGCUCUAUUUCAUGUGUGGAUGAUCUCAACUUAAAACAGCCAAUACAAGACUUACUUCUGGUGGCAAAAAACUAUGAGUUAUGAACCAGAAUUUAAGUCGGACAAAAACUAUGUGGGUGGGCAAAAUGUUUUUAUAUAUACACACACACACUAGUCAGUCAAUGUUAGUUAACAAUUUUCUUGCACACCACAUAUGAGUCGGGAAUUUUUUUUUUAAAUGUUCUUUUUAAAACAAAGAAUUUUAACAUAGUUAUUUUUAUGUGCGUGUUUAUUUAUAAAAAUAUAUUUAUUGUAACCAUCCAACCACUGUUUCUUUGCAUUAUUGUACUAUAUCUGAGGUCACAGCUCCAGUCUGACUCAUGGUUCAUCAUGAGCAGCAAAAUAGGGCUUAUCAUAUUACUUAUAAUAAUAGAUUAUAUAAAUGAAUGGGCACCACAAAUGGGCAUACAUGUCACUUUGUUGUAUUAAUAUCCAAAAUCUCAAGAUAUGUCUGAGUGUUUUUCUUCUUCAAGAUUGUAUUAUGGUGCUCCCCUCUUUAUAAUAUAUUCCUGAUGUAAAAUCAUAAUAGUAUUUACUUUUGAGUACAAUUACAUUAAAAAAAUAAAAUAUUUAAAUAAAAAAAUAUUAUUAAUUGAAUAAACCAUGAAUCUGACAUAGUAAUAUAUUUAUAAGUUAUCUUCUUUUUUUACACCAAAGUCUAAGCCUGAGUUGUAACCACUUUUGAUAUUUGAAUGUUAUUUAUUUUUGUUAGUUUUCUUUUUGGUUAUUAUAUUAUAUGCUUUUUAAAAUUUAUUAAUAUCACAUCCAUAAAGACCUGCAACAGAAAUCCUGAAAUUAAUUAAGUAUUGGUAAUGCCUUGAAUACACAAGUGGGUGGGGUUAAGUUAUAUGGGCAAUUAUGGAUUUCCUUUCUACUCAUUUCUAUAAUUUAUAUUUGUUUACUACCGGUAUUAGAAACGCUGGUUUGCAUGGAAUCGCCCAUCAGCAAAAUAUAUAUGCAGAAAAGAGUUUUCUUUAAUUAGCUGUUAAAGCUUGGAAUUUCUUAAUUUUAAAGUGUUCAGUAAUGAAAUAUUUACAGUUAGUUACUCAGUAGCAAGUUAUUUUAACGUGGAUAAGUUGGCUCUUCCACACCACAUGCAAACAUUAAACCAUUUGGACUAUCCCUACUUGUUUUCGGUAAACACGGUAAGUAAUUGCUGUAUGUCUUUCCUGCUAACAAUCACAGGACCCUUUUGAGCAUUAUUAUUACAUGCAUUGAACAGAUUUUAAAAUAUUAUUCAUUUGCAAGUUUCAUUUUGACAAUGUCGUGGUGGAUUUUAAUAGCUUUUUAUUAGUAUUAUAUUUGUCUUGAUUAUUUUCCACUUUCUAAUACUUUUAUUUCUCAUCAUAGUGCUAAUUUGCGAACUUUGUAUGCUUAUAAUUAAAGAUGUUAUAAUACUUUGUUCAUGUGGUAAUAUAAAUGUAGAUCGGCACGCAUACUAAAUAAUUUAUUAUUACUUAUUUUUUGAGUAAGUGAACCGUAUCAGGAACGAAGGUUUUUUUCUGCCAUGAACCUUAUCCAAAAGUUUGAGAAAUUAUUUAGUAUAGCUUAUAUGCAGGAAGUGGUUUACACAUGCCAAAAACCUUGACAGAAAGUUUCCUUUAUAUGGGUGUGGGAAUCCAAGAGUAUAGUGAUAAUAAGUGUGCAAUCAUUGUGCAUUUAAACUUUUUUCCAAAGUUUAACUAAAAACUAAAAGUGACAUAAUAAGAAAAUAAAGUUUGACCUUUACGCAUAUGAAUGGAUUGAGCCAAUAUGAUCAAUAAAUUGAUCGUGGGCCCUUAAUAUAUAGAUGAAGAAGAAGAAGAAAGUUAUUUAGAUAUGGGAAAAAGAAUUGUGUAUCAAAAUAAGUGACUAAAACAUGGAGAAAAAACAGUUAUAUAAUGUUAAAAAUAAUGCUUGCAAAAUAUGAAAGAAUAAGCUUGGUUAAGCGGACAGCACUGGCCUUAAAAAAUAGGUAGAUUGGUAAAUGACCACAAUGGGGAAAAAAAAACAGGCAGUGGUAUAAAUUACCACAUUGACAAAAAAAACAAUGAUGAAUGAAGAUUUCCUUACAAAUAUAAACCAAAAAGAAACUUUGAAAUCUGGGCAAUCAAAGAGUUUGAGCUUAAUGAUCAAAGGGCAGCUAAGGGAUAACUUGUUACUAUUUAUAAUUCAUUUCAUGAAUUUUUAAACUUACAAAUUGAAGCCUCAGACAUUUCAAUGAAACCAUGUUUGUUAGUCUGCUCCACUGCUGCUUGAACUGCCUUGAUAUGUGCAUAAAGCUGUGUUAAAAGCCAGCCUCUGAGCACUGCAUAUAUAAGAAAAAAAAUAUUUUUAUUUUCAUUAAUGAUUGAUUUAAAGAGACCCUGUGCUUGUUUGCUUCUAUUUAUUUUGUAUCUUAAGAAACAACUGGAUACUUUCCCUGCCAGCGAUCAUGAUGUUUAUAUUUAAAUACUACAAGAAUGCAAGAACUUUUUACAUUCUUAGAUUGCCUUUCUAAUUACUCACAUGACAUCAAGAUACUUGGAAGCACUGAAAACCAUAGCAAGAGGUUAAGGAUAAAAGUUAUUCUUGGUAAAGGAUCAUUGUUAAACAAUAUGAAAAGAAUACUGUUGGGACCAUUGUUGAAAGAUUUUGGCUUUAAAGUUAAUUCCCUUUUAAUAUUAAUGUCUGCAAAUCAUUAAAAAGAAAAUGUGUGAACUUAUAAUUUUUUUUUAUAUCAGAAACUAAAAUCUCUGUAAAUUGAUUAUCUGGGUAUUAGGUUAUGGAGUCCUUACGUUUUGUAAUGUAAAAUUUACAAGGGAAGAAGGCAUCAGCAUGACAGCCUUAUGUAAUGAAUUAUAAACUAACAUUAAAAAAAACAUGACACCAAAAUUUGAUGUUCAAAAACAAAAUUUUAAAUAUGGAAAUUUUUUUUUUAUUUGUGACAUUUAGUAGGUGAUCAAUCAUCUAUAUAUUAUAAUUAUAUGGAUUGGAAAUAAUCACAAAUAGUCUAGAAAAUAAAGCUUCUACUGUAUCAAUGAGAACAUGACAAAAAAUUGAGCAUAAGUCAACAACUCUCGGUUAAAUCCAAGCUAGCAUUUAAAUCCAAGCUUAUCAACUGGGCCCUUGGGAAUGCUCACAAAUUAAAAUCAUUUAUGUAAAAAAAAAAGUUCCUGAAAUUAAAUUGUUAUAUUAUUUCACUAUUUAUUUUUACAAUUCUAAUACUGUUUUAAUAUAUUUUUUUAUAUAUAUAAUUGUGAGAUGAAGACUAUAUAUGUUUAUAUUUAUUCCAGUUUUAAAAUCUUGGAUGUUGAAAGAAAUUUCUUCAAAAUGACAAACAAAAUUGACACAUUUUGACUGGUGAAUAUUCUAUUUAUGUGUUUAUCAUGAUCCAGGUAAAUGAUGGAACAUGAUCAUCUAGCCAGAGUUGCCCACCCUAUAGUCUUCCUGUACUUGAAGCAUUCUGCUCCUGUAAUGUUUUUCGUAUUGGCCUUGUGUAAAUGAUGACAUUGCAGAAAUACUUUGUCAUGUGCCUUUUUUUUAAAAAAAGUAAACAUGAACCACAAUUUUCUUUGACAUAAACCUGUUGGAAAGUUGACUUUAUGAACACAGCACCGCUGCUUCAAGGAUUUGUGAAAUAGUAGUAUUGGGAUUAUUUUCUACUCACGAAAGUGCUGUGGUGUCAACAUGUUUUGUGUGAAUUUUGUGGAAAAAUUGAGGAUGCCCAUGUUAACACACCAAAUCUUUGUUUUUAUCACCCUUGAUGCAUUCAGUGAUUCAGUUAAAAAGGCCACUGUUUUGUGCAUGCCUGUUGUUAAAACAAAUUAUGAGCAUCAAAUUUAAUUUUUAAUCUUUUUCAAAACAGAGUUUUGUAAUAUGAUUUCUUUUUUUGAGAUGUAAAAAAAUCCGUUUAUGGGUGCAGAUCUGUUAUUGAUUUUUUUUUUUUUAAUGUAUCAUUUUUGCAAUAUUACAAGUGCUAGGUGACUCAAUUAUUAUCAUGUACUGGUUCUGUUUUGUUCUUUGAUUCCUCUUGUAUAAUCAUGUGAUAAUUAAUGUUUGCUGAAUUGUAAAAAUCUGUUUCCAACCGGACUGAAUGAAAUGAAUGUCAAAUUUACACAAAAUUUUCCCUUGCGCACACACACAAAAAUUGCGGAAGUUUGAAAAUAUUAUCAUUUGAAUGCAUGGGCGCCCGCAGGUAGGGGCAAGGUGGGGCACUUGCCCCCUUCCUGGAUUGAUUUGAUAAAAAAAAUUUAGACAAAAAUAGACAAAAAAUGUAUUAAAGUAAAGAGAAAAUAAAGAGAAAGUAACUAAGCUGAUAUCCUGUCCGUUCGUUCACUAUACAAAUACGCUACAGUAAAUUAAAACUACAUUAAAACAUUACUAAAACAUUUUUCCCCCCCCUGAAAGUUCAUCAAUUGUUUUUCCCCCCCCCCCCCCCCUAGAAAGUUUUCUGCGGGCGCCCAUGUUUGAAUGGAGUCUAUAACUCUGCAUUUAUCCAGUCCUGACCUUUCCUUCUGGGUCAGUAAUGUAAUUGUUUGGAUUUGAAAAAUAUAUUCAUUAAUUCUUCAACUCAUGGAUUACAUCCCUUCUGUGACGUUAUACAGCGGAGUCACAGCAAAAUUUCCUCCAAAAGUAAAAAAUAAAAAAUAUAUGGGACUGUGUUACUUUGUAAUUUUUUUUUUUUUCAGUGCUAGAAUGCCAUAUUGAAAAUACAGUCAUCUCUCGCCACAUUACAAAUUUUUAACUUGUAUAUAUCUAAUUUUGAAUCAUGGAUUUUUCGCUAUAAGUUAUAAGGCAGGAUUUUGCGCUAUGUAGGUAUUUUUAUAUAUUUAUUAUUAUAAUUAUUUUUGCAGUAAACUAAGCAUAGGAAGUGUUUAUAAGAGUGUGGGAAGUGGGAAAGGUUAAUAUCAGUAUGGGGAGUGUUUAUAAAGCCUUCAAAUAUAAAUAAAUAGUCAAUUAAAUACAAGUAGCCUUGCCUAUCACGGUGGGGUUCUGGAACCAAACCCCCAGGAUAGAGAUAGAAAAGAGACAAAUAUUUGACCACAUGUGGCACUUAAAGAUACUAAUAAAGUAUCAUUUUUAAUUUUCCUUCAACAAGUAUUUGACAAAGCUGGCAAGCUUGUUUAAAUUGUGUGUUUUUUUUUAUUUUAUUGAUUUAUUUUAAUUUUGUGUGAUUUUCAUUCUUUUUCUGCUAAGACUU